UGCCUGUCUCCAUGUGUCCUUUUGUUUAAUUGAGCUGCUCUGCCUCUUUUAUUUCGUGACGUGGGACCGGAAGUGUGUGUGUGCUGUCGGUGUCGGUGUGUUGACCUGUCCAGGUGUGUUCCUGCCUGCCGCCAUGGGGCUGGUUUACUCUGAGCCGGCCUGUCAGUCAGCGUAUGAUGGAGACGUCCAUCAGCUCUAUCGCCUCCUGAGCAAUGAUCCAUCUAACCUGAAUGUUCAGGACGAACACACCGGGGACACGCCCCUCAUUGCUGCCUGUCGCCAUGGCAACCUGACAGUGGUCAAAUACCUGCUGGAUAACCGGGCCGACGUCCACCUGACCAAUAAGAAACAGAGGACCUGUCUCCACUAUGUGUCCAAGAGAACCUUCUCUCUGCUGGAUUACCUGAUGAUCGCCAUCCUGAUGCCCGUCCUGCUGCUCGGAUACUUCCUCAUGCUGCAGAAGCAGAGGCAGAAUGUGAAGCUGAUGGAGGCCGUGCUGAGCAGCAGUGUCAGCGUCAACGCCGUCGACUACAGAGGAAACACAGCGCUUCAUUACGUCUGUCAGAGGAAAAGUCACCGCCUGGUUCCUCUUCUGCUCCACAGAAACGCCGACACCAGCAUCAAGAAUAACGACGGAGAAACGCCGCUGGACAUCGCCACCAGACUGAAGUUCACCAAGAUCAUCAACAUGCUGAAGAAGACACAGUGAUGACAGAAAGACAGACAGGGGACAGAAAGACAGACUGAGAGACGGACUGAGGGAGACAGACUGACCCAGUCCUCCAGGUGCUUGUUUUCAGCCACUUCCUGGUGAUGGCUUUUUUACCCUCCAACAUUAUUCUGAAUAUAUUUGUCCCCUGGACUUUCCAUUCCCAGGUGCAUAAAUGUAAACGUCUUUAAAUUCUGCCACUAAGGAACAACACAGGGACGUCCCCAAAGUCUGUGAGAAUGAUUGGCUUUAUUUUCUCCACAGUCUCGUGUCCUUAGACUCAGUAUGUUCUGCCAACACUUCUCUCUCCAUGAGGGGGAACCUGUCAUUUUGUCCACAGUGGGGCGUCGACAGUCAGACUAAACCAGAUGACAACACAUAAGUUUCCUCUGCUUCCAGCCUUCAUGCUAAGCUAGGCUAAUAAUGUGUGGAGCUGAACCUGAACCUUCCUUUUCUCUUUUCCUGUAGCUGGUUAUAAAAAACAGACACAUUCGUUUAGAAUUUGAAUUUAUUUGACAGU